AUGGCGCCAGGACAUCCGGAUUCGGACGACAGUCUCGAAGUCAGCGAGGACUCUGAGCUGAGCCCAGGCAGUCCUGAGCUCCACCACUUAGCGGCCGCAAAGGGCCUCCGACAACCGGAGCCGGACCCAGACCUGUCUGAGUAUGGCAGAAGUUUGGGAGCAAAUUUGGAGGACCCUAGCCAUGCCUGGGCGGUACGCGAGGCUUUUCACGCAGCCUUGCCGGCUUCCUGGGCAGAGUUCGCCGACGACGAAGGGCGAGUGUAUUUCUACAACUACACGACCAACGAGAGCACAUGGAACCACCCUAUGGAUGAAGUCUACAGGGAGCUCAUUGCUUUCGUUACCCAUGUGCAGCGCCUUCGGCCUAGCCCGUCCCAGGAGCGGCUGCAUGAGCUGAUAGGCCAACAUCUGCGCGAGGUGUACGACCGUGCAUCAGCGCAGCUGGCGAGCUGGACCGGCCCAUUCCGCUCUGAGGAUGGCGACUGCUACUAUUUUAAUGAAGCUUCGCAACAGAGCACAUGGGUGAGUCCUGUGGAGGAGUGGGAAUACGAGCUGAGUGUCCGUCAAACGGUGCUUCAGCGAUGCCUCCUCUCACCAACAGUGAGCAAAGAUCGGAUGUCAUCCGAUGUGCUGGAGGAGGGCUUCGUGCCGCUGUUGAAGCUGCCCGAUCCCGGCGAUGAUCCUGACUCGCCAAGGUCUUUUCACACAGCCCGCGAGUCUUCGAGAUCACAGUGCUCAGCCAGGUCUAUGGCUUCGGCUACAGGUAGCGAAGCCUCCCCUGGGCGCAUGAGGAGCCGGGGGCGAUCCGCGCUGACAGUCAGCUCCCUAAAGGAGGCGGGCCGAUUGGAUUCCGCUCCGGAGUUGACAGAACCAGAGCUUACGGAUCCAGAAUCAGCAGAUCCUGAGCUCACGAAGACGGUCAGUUCUGCCGUGGCUGAAAGGGCGGCCACCAGUCCCACCCACCGGGAGGACAGAGCCGGAUCAGAGGAGCUGGAGAUUACUUUCGGUCACACGGCCGCCGUGUCAAUGCCAACACGGAGCCAGGUGAACGCUUCGCUUCUACCGAGGACCUUGGAAGGUGAUCUUCCAAAAGACGAUCAAGAGGCAACCGAUUCGGGACCCUCGACAUCGGCAGAGAGCCAAGGCCUAGAUGCCAAGAUCGAGGAGGUGAACGAUGCAGAGGCGGCUGAUGAGGCGUCUACGUGUGCCCCCGCUGCCGCUGCUGAUAUUGCUGGAGGCGACGAUAACGAUCAGAAGGACGAGCUCGAGGCCACAGUUGGCUCUGGACCCUCAACCAGCGCAGAGACGCAAGGCCUUGAGAGCAAAACCGACGAGGAUGUGACAGCCGAGGUUAAAGACGAACUCCUCGAUGACAUGGACGUGUCGGUUGGGUGCGCUGCUGAUGCAGAGACGCCGGAUCUUCGCGAAGCCGACCCUGCAGGAGCUCAGUCAAAGCUGUCCUCCGAGAGUUGCAGGGAGGUUGGGGAUGCUCCGCUUGCACCGGAUCAAGCCAGCGUCACCAGCGCGGGAGCCUCCCUGGCCAAGCCGGUGGGAGGCGACCAGACGGCCGCUGAAGACAGUGAUGGAAUGCCGUGA